CGCAAGCGCAGGCGGCGGCUCCCAGCCUGCAGCUCGUUGGCUGCUGACCCGGCAGCGGGCCGCUCAGGCAGCCCCGGCCGGGCCGCCCCGGUUCCGGGCAGCGGGGUAGGAUGGCGCUAAAGCGGAUCCAGAAGGAAUUAACCGACUUGCAGAGGGAUCCUCCUGCCCAGUGUUCUGCGGGACCUGUAGGUGAUGACUUGUUCCACUGGCAGGCCACCAUCAUGGGCCCGAAUGACAGUCCUUACCAAGGAGGUGUUUUCUUCCUGACCAUCCACUUUCCUACGGAUUACCCAUUCAAGCCCCCAAAGGUCGCUUUCACAACCAAAAUUUAUCACCCUAAUAUCAACAGCAAUGGCAACAUCUGCCUCGAUAUCCUGCGGUCUCAGUGGUCUCCAGCAUUGACUGUGUCAAAAGUUCUCUUGUCCAUCUGCUCACUGCUCUGCGACCCCAACCCCGAUGACCCUCUGGUACCAGAGAUAGCUCACACCUACAAGGCCGACAGAGAGAAGUACAACAGACUAGCAAGAGAGUGGACACAAAAAUAUGCUAUAACUCAGUGCCAUCCCGGGUGCCCAAGGCAGAGCAGGCUUUCCUCACACCCAUCUGCUGCAAAACCUGAGGAGUCUCCACUCAUCCUGGAGGGAACUGGGGACAGCGUCACUGGGAAGUGAAGGCCUAGCCCUGAGGCUUCCACCAGUCUCCUCCUGCAGUGCCAUGUGCUGGCAUUUCUUCCCUCACACCAAGACGCAGCAAGUGGAAAAUUUCAGGAUACAAAGCACAUAACAUCCCGUAAGAGAUGACUAUGUUUUUAGAAGCAAGAGAAAAAUUAUGAAACCUCUAGAGAUUUGGGUUAUGUUACUCCAUUUGAUGAGGAUUCUCACUACCCCCGCCCCUCCCACUAGGAGCCUACACUAAGUCCAAGUGUGAGCCAUUCACAGACUAGAACACAAGGAGGGAGACUCUUAAAUGUAAAUAAAAAUUCACUCAUAAUUCUAAAUGAUAAUUGACAUUUCAGUCUCUUUUUCUUCUAGGUAGAACAGAAGAUACACACUUUAACAGUUAUUUGGAGCCUUGAAUUAGAAUUGCCUGUUGGGUCACUGGCUUUCUGUCUUGGCUUUCUGAUGCAGCCCACUUUAAGGUGUGCCCUUAAAGCUGUGAGCCUUGAGAUUAGGUUAGCUAGGAAGAGGACAGAAAAGGGUGGGGAUUAUUCUAAUAAAACUUCCAAAGAGGGAAGAAAAUUGAGGAGCUUCAGAUCUCUAAAGCCAAAUUCGACCUGAUUUUUCUAGGUUGCGUAUAAAGCUGGUCUACCCCCCAGAAGGUGAUGCUUGAAUAACAACAAGAGGUGAAGAAGCAGUAAAACUGUGACCAAAUGGCCAGAUGGGGCCUUUGCAGGCUGAUUGAAAGGAAUUCUGCAGACCUAACACCUGCAGUCAGCCAAAGGUGGCUAUGGGAGGUUGAUUUCCUCCAGAAACUUCCAAGUUGUGGCUACAACUUUAUUGCCAGAUACUCUCCCACUAAGGAUACUGAGGUUAUUAGCAUAAUCACUUUCUUAGCAAAGGAAGAAGCACUUUGAACUUGGGCAGCAUUCCCUUUGGGAGGGUCCACAUUUAGGAUCCUCCUGUUACUAUAAGGCCACUUUUGGGGUCCUAUGGGUGUGGCUCCAUCUCACCAAAAAGGAUUGCCUUUUUUUUUUUUUCUUUGAGAUAGAGUCUUUCUCUGUCUCCCAGGCUGGAGUGCAGUGGUGUGAUCUUGGCUUACUGUUCCACCUCCCGGGUUGCCUCAGCCUUCCAAGUAGCUGAAAUUACAGGCGUGUGCCACCACGCUGGGCUAAUUUUUGUAUUUUUAGUAGAGACGGGGUUUCACCAUGUUGGCCAGGCUCCGGGCCUCAAGCCUGCCUGCAUUGGCCUACCAAAGUGCUGGGAUUAUAGGCAUGAGCCACUGCGUCCAGCAAGGAUUGCCUUUUUAAUUCUUGUAUCUUCGCUGCUGCUUUGGUCUUUGCUUAAACAAAACAAUAAAUCUUAAUAGUUAGGGAGAAUGCUGUUUCCACGGUGUCCUCUAGGAGGGCUGUCAGCAUACGGCUGUACUGAGCAGCAAUGCCAUCUGGAGCCUGAGAUCAUGUGCUUCAUGAAGACAGUUGUCACAGUGCACCUGCAGCCAAGCAUCACAGAACACUUUACUCAUGUGAUCAAGGAAGGUGGGACUGAUUCACUUGUUACAGACAGGUCAGAUGGGAAAAUUCAGGCCCAAAUUGGUGUUGGGGAAUAACCAUGCUCUGGUCUUUCAAGCGUAAUAGGUUAUGACUCCCAAGAAACUGGUGAAUUUUCUGAGUCCAGUCAAAAUUUCCCAAGCCUGCUGUCUCUGUUGGAUAUAUGUAAUAGAGAAAGUCAAAUCAGCCCUUUGGGAUUUGUGGUAAAGAUUCACACACCCAUUGAAGCCUGAGGUGCUUUGUACCUUCCAGAGCUCUCAGCAAAUCUCCUGGGCAGUAAUGUCACCUGCUUGCCAUACCUUCAAGGGGCUCAGAUCAGCCUGAAGAACAGGCUCCUGAGGUCAAAAACCUUGUUUUAGGAGCCACUGUGGUACAGUCAAUGUAAGCCACUGUAACCAAUGUGUGCAGAAGCCAUGCUUCCAAGGAGAGUCCCAGGUUGGCAACUAGAUAGAAGAUCUGAGAAGCCAACUGCAGAGUAAUGUGUUUUUUUCUGUGUGUACCACAGAGAUCAGAAAGGUGCUUGUUCUUAAACAGUUGAUCCAUGAUGAACAAAUGACCGUUAACUCUCCCCCAGAAGCUUCUGGGUUUGCUGAAUGAAGCUGAGAUUUUGAUCCACUAUCAGAAUCCAGAAAGAUCCAGGAGUUCCAAGAACAUAGCAAUGAGCCAAAAUCUUAGGAUAAGGGAUUAAAAUGUCAAUGCAAAUUUCCAACCGACCUGGUAGCUCACAGCUGAGCAGUAUAUCAGCACAGAAUUCCACACUGCCUCACUGCAGUUGCUCAAGGAUGGGUAGGUUUCUGUCUCUGAAAUUCAGGAAAAAGCCUUAAGUGUCAGAGAAGGUGCUUCCAAGACUGUCUGCAGAAUUCCUUUGAUAGGGUUUGUCCCUGGUACCCAAAAGUGUAGAGAAGGAACCCUAAGAUUAGCAUAGAACCACUUAUCUCUCCUCCCCUCCCCACCCCUUCUUCCCAUGCUUCCAUUCCCCAUGGCUGUCUCUUCAGACCGUGACACACAUUUCCUCUCCAGCAGUGUCAGGAAAGGUCUGGACCUGUAUUGAAUCUAGCCAUAAUGGAGAUUGUGGCUGCCAGCACCUGCAAGACAGCACCCUCAUGCCAUGCAGGCAGCAAGCCCAUCCUGAGUAGCAUUCCUCCUAGAGGCUGCUCCCUCACCUGCUGUUCACUGGUGAGAAGAAAAGGGACUUGUUCUCCCUUGACCUGUUUUCUGGUUUUCCUGUUCCCACCCUCCUGGUCUUUGCCUGGUGACAGAGAAACUUUCU